CACACGUGACGGAGAGAGGCACGUGACAGCGCCGCGCCACGUGACGCGGGCCGGGAGAGCGGCGGAGCGGGACGGGAACGGUGCAGCCAUGGUGUCCAAAAAGCAGCUGGCAGAUUUUGGCUACAAGGCCUUCUCGGGCUCCAUGAUGCUGCUGACGGUGUACGCUGGGUACCUGUGCAGUGUCCGUGUCCAAAGGAUGCUCCAGCACCGCCGCCAGCGGGAGAAUGUGCCUGGCCCUGAGAGCUGAGCCCAUGCUGGGACCGGCCCCGGGAGCUGGGACCGGCCCCGGGCGCUGGGACCAGCCCCGGGAGCUGGGACCAGCCCCGGGAGCUGGGACCGGCCCCGGGAGCUGGGACCGGCCCCGGGAGCUGGGACCGGCCCCGGGAUCUGGGACCGGCCCCGGGAUCUGGGACCGGCCCCGGGCGCUGGGACCGGCCCCGGGAUCUGGGACCGGCCCCGGGAUCUGGGACCGGCCCCGGGCGCUGGGACCGGCCCCGGGCGCUGGAACCGGCCCCGGGAUCUGGGACCGGCCCCGGGAUCUGGGACCGGCCCCACCUUCGCUGUCCCCCCCAGGCUGGGGAGGCAGAUGGAGUGCAAUAAAACCUGUGUGUAAGUGG